AGAACAACCUUACAGUCUAAGCGCGGCAGUGUGUUACAACAGUACAGACGAAGUCAGAAGUGUUACAAUGUGGCAUGCCAUGAAAAAAAUCAGAGAGGGAGGACAUUAGGUUCAAGAGGUUGACUUGGUCUUGGGCCAUUGGGUAAUUUCGGAAGUAUCCAUAAUCCAGGCAUGGACAGUCUAUCAGACGUGUUUGGGUGCUGUCGUGAGCUCUCAAGUGAUAAAGCUACGGAGAGAAAGAAGAGUUUGGAGAAGCUAAAGAACUUGCUUAAUAAAACGACAGUCAUUAACAGCCUGGAUUACAAUUCACAAAUCAGAACUAGAGACAGAAAUACUCUCACAUGGGAUGAUAUCCUUAGGGAGGUUCAUAGUUACAUUUACCUGGAGACACAGUUAUUUCAAAAAGGGAAGGAACCUCAGACAUCAACAGCCAGAGCCAGCAAGGAGAAAAGGAAACAAGAGAUUGGAGGAGUCUUCAAAUUUGUUGUCAAACAAGCAGAAAAUAGAGGACCAAAUCUGAAAGCAUCUCAGUUGAUAAAGCAGAUUCUAGAAGUAUUAAAAGAUGCAUUUAUGAUGUCUGCAUAUGGUCUGGACUACAGCAGUAUACUGUUGAAGAAUGUUUUACCAGUCAGGAAGUACUGCACAGAAAUUACAGACAAGACGUGGCAUGAGAUGAUUAAUUUAUACUGUAAGCUGUUUAUGGAUCCUGAGUGUGGUUUGGAUAAAAUCUUGCUGUCCAGGAUCAUUCAUUCUUUGAUGUCUGCUGCAAUUGUUCGAUGUGAUCUUAGACCAAAGAAACUCUUGACCUUCUUCAAAGAAGUCUUCAAGGACAUUAGAUGUGAAAAAAGAAUGGCAGUGAUAGAACAUCUCAUUAUGGCAGCCAACACCUUUGUUUACUCAGUCGCUGCAAAUUCCAGGGCACAAGUUUGUAAAUUUGGUGAGAGCAUCUGUGUCAACAUGCUCUAUCUGUGGGAAAAUAAACCUUCAAAUAUAUUAAAGGAGGAAAUUCAAGUGUUUCUCAGGUUACAGAUGACAGCACACCACCCAGGUGGGGCCAGGAGGGAUGAAUGUGGCUCCUAUGCUUAUGACUGGGAUGACUGGCAGAGCUUCCUGAGGAAACUAUAUGAAUUCUUCUAUACAGAUUUACAGAAGCAGAAUAAUAGGAGCCGAUUCUCUUCCAGUUCAAGGGAGGCAAGUCUAGCUGCAAACUAUGUUGAACUAGUGGUAGACGUCUGCAAUCAGAUUUUCCUGGAGAAAGUGAAUUCUAUAGACGUCACCCAGAUAUCCACACAGCAGGGCCAAGGGACCAAGAAAAGACGUUUAGAAUCUGGAUGGUGCUAUGUCCUGGAGUUUUUAUUAAACAGAGAGCAACAAAUCCAGAUGAUUCCCUGGAUUCAGAUGGUGACUCGAUUUCUGCAGAAAUAUCCCCAGAAUUUUCCACAGGAUCAAGUGAUAUCGUAUCUAGAGGCUAUUGCUAACCAGUUGGGGGAUUUCAAAAGGGUAGAGGUGAUACAUCACUUAAUGUUGUGUGCAAAGUCUUUCAUCAAAGUGUGGAAUACAUUCUCUGAAGUAUCAGAAGGUGGUGAAGUCCUGAAGAAAAUUAGCUUAGCAGCAUUAAGGUGUAUAAGUGUUCAUCAAGCAGAUGACAGUGCUUACCAACUGCUGACAAGCAUGGUACAACAAGGACUGGAGAUAGAACAAGAAAUGUGGAAUGCAUUCAUCCCAAGUAUAACCCGACCCAGUACGAGGGCAGUGCAAUAUCUUAACACAUACCUGACCAGGUACAAAAUUCCUGAGCAGUACAAACAUCAUCUGACUUCUCUCCUAACUCAAUCAUCGGAGGCUGAUGGGAAAAAUUAUCAUUUGAGAAAGCAGCUACUGGAUUGGUUGUUUCCAAGAAGAAGUCAGUAUUUGAAUGUUACCUUGGGAACUGUGAAUGAAAGUAAAGCAGAUCCCAGGGAGAUUGGGCAUCUUAUUGCAUUGUUACUGUCGAGAAAUCAAUGUGAUGUGCCAAAUUAUUGUUGUUCCUUAAACCAAGACCAUGGUGAUGCUUUUUACACAGAUCUUGAAAAUAUGUACUUGCAAUCUUCAAACAAAUUUGAAAUUGAGAAAGAGCAGACAGUUAAAGAAUCAAGUGAUUCAUGUCAUGUUGAAUGUAAUUUUUUGUGUGACAUUUAUAAUCAUGUUAUGGACCUUUUGAAGGAUGAAUCAACUUUCUUGAAUGAAGUGACUGAUUGUGAUAUGAAACAUUUAGAUUCCCUUAGUUGGCUUAUCUGUGUUGCAGGAAAUAUAUUCAAAUGGUUAAUGAAGUACAAAAUUCUACCAGAAAAUGCUGUGGAAAUGUCAGAAUUAAAUAAAUGCAUCAAGCUACUGCUAAAAAAACUUGGGGGAAAUGUGAAGUUGUUAACGUCAUCUGAAAAUUACUCCAUGUCAUUGAGAAUUCUGACCAAUCUUCAGAAGAUUUUAAUCACAGAGAAUGAUUUGAAGUUGGAAGGGGAGUAUUUUGUGGCAAUGAAGUUGCGGUCUUUGGUGCCAGCCUGUAUUUUAGAGGAAUUCAUGAGUGUUCUUACAGAAAAGGGAAGAAAAUUAGAUGGAGACCGAAAUUUGAGGACUGACCUUUCAGAUGUGAUUCAUGGAGUGGAGGAUUUUGACAUGGAAGGUAGUACACAGAAUGAUGACCAAAAUGAUGAUUUUAUGAGUGAUGACUUUGCUGAAUUGGAGGAGUCAGAUGUGACAGGAAGUGAUGGAAAUGAUAUGAAAUCUAUUUUGGAUGAGAACCAGUUGACUGAAAAACAAAAACUACAUAUUGAAAUGAUCAAGACGUUGUGUUUCUGGUGUGGUUUUGACAAUCCAGAACAUAGAAGAAAAGCUAGUAUAAAGAUGGAUGUGGACCAGUCAUUUAUUAAGGCUAAACUUGUCAAAUGGAUGGAGUCAGUUGAUGUCCACAAGUCUUUUAGUUUAGUACAGCUGAGAGUAAUGAUCAAGAUCUUGUCUUCAUCAUAUCAGCAUGUCUCGGAAGAAAAUCUAAACUCUAUGAUUAGAGUUGUGAGAUUUGUAGCAAAGACCUAUAGACAGGACCAAGAGGUGUGUUUUCUGUGUCUGGAGUUGCUGUGUAACCUGAUACCCCACCUACAGUCUGGAGAGGACAUGGUCAGUCAGUCUGUGAGAGAGAGUCGAGAUGCUGCACUCAUCCUCCUGUCAGCAUUCUUGAAUUUGCCCUAUGACAAAUGUACAGAGAAGAUGAGACUUGGUAUGGCAAAAUGCAUUGUCCAGUUUAUGAAAGCAGACCCAAAUCAGAGCUGGGCUGGAAUUUCACUGAAAAGAGAUGAUGGUGCCACAGAAAAAAUUCCUGUGUUUAAAGAAUUCAUCAAAUAUUUAGGAGAUUUAAGUCAUGCCAUCAGAAUGGACUGCGCUUUGGCCGUACAAGAGGUAUUCGUAUGUAAAGGAAUACCAUGUGACAGAGUUGCUCAAGACCAAAGUUUUGAUGCAAUAUACAAAGAAAUAAUGGAAUUGUUGGACCUGCAGGAUAAUUUGUCUUUAGAGAGAGCAAUGGAUGAGAGAAACAACAGGGAGGCUUCCGCCCUGGUGACUUUAGCCUACAUUGUGUGUGCCAGUCCAGUCUGUGAAAAGAAGGCCCUGUUUGCUUUUUGUCAGCUGACUAAAGCCAGACAUGUUGAGGCAGAAAAAAUUAAAAUGAUUUUGCAGAAAUUGGCGAAAGUUCAAGGCUAUGAAAGUGGGGGUAGUUAUGUAAAGACUUAUCUACCCUAUAUGAUCCACCAGUGGCUGUGUGUGCAGUACAGUAUGGAGGAAUUCCCAUUCCAAGUGGCCUUCUGUCAUUCAAAAGAAAACUUCUACAGUAAACACUAUGAGAUUCUCAUCUCUGAACUCAUAAUGUUCAAAGAUGUUGAAACUGCAAAGAAAGUGGGGAUGACAGUUAGUAGUGACUGGCAGAAGGUUCUCAUACUCUGCAUACCUAGGGUUGUGGUGUUUAUUCUGCCCCAGUUUGCGGCCUCAAGGAGUGGGGAGACAUCCAAUGAACAGGUCAAGAAGAGGACUGCUCAUGCCACCGCCUGUUAUGAUCUACUGGCAGAACAAGCUACAAAGGAGGUGGUUAAUAAAUGUAUAGUUACCAAGUUGGAUGUUAUAGUGGUCAACAUUUUGCUAUGCUUAUAUGACUGUGAAGAGGAUGAGUUUAUCAAAACUCCAGUUAUUAGGAACCUGGAUCCUGAGCCAAAUCCUCCUUGUUACAAUCUGUAUAAAACCCAGUCCACUUUGGAUUACCUGACCAGCAGUUUCUCUGGAAAUAAGUCUCUGAUAGAAAUCCUGUCAAGGACACAGGACUCCCUACAGAAGAUCCUUCAGGAGCUCGCCCUGAGGUUGUUUACAGAUCAUCGAUUACAUGAAAAGCGUCGAGUCUUGCUGAUGUACCGCUUGAUUUGUAAACUGAUGUUGCAGGACUUUGAUGGUGGUCUUGGUGGUAGCUUUGUCUUCAUACUAAGAGAAAUUAUCUAUCGCCUGGUUUAUCUUGUUCAGGAAAUGAGGAAACAGGAUAGUAUAAGAGAUGAAGAUAGAUAUGCGAACAACAUAAGCUGCAUGGGGUUGGAACUUCUUUAUGAUGUGCUGAAAAGUGCCACUGCUGUCUCGGCUCCGGAGGUAGAAAAGUAUUUGAAAUUCAUUAUCAACAACUUGGUUCCACUCACCGAAUUAUCUCCCUUGCUUUGUGAGCAGGUGAAAAACUUGUUCAAGAUGCUGAUAUUGGAAAGUAGAUGUCUUCUGAAGGCAGGAAUAGCUUCACUUGAUCCUUUUCCAGAUAGAGAAGACUUCCAUCAGUUCUCGACUGUUUACCGAGAAAUCAAACUCGCUCAGGGACCAAUAACAUUGCAACAGAUUAUUGAGAAUUACCUGUCGGAGGAUGAGAAAAUGCUCUCAGAAGAACAUUCGAAGGAGGGUCUGCAUUUCUUAUCACGAGAACUAGCUUCAAGGAUGGAGGAGCUCUCUGAGUUAAUGAGAUCUGAACAGGGCAAAUCAAAGAGUGUAUUGUCUUUUCUCAUGAUGAAACUGGUACGACACAGUCAACUAGUGAAGGACACUCAAGCAUUGAGGGAGAUAACCCAGUGCCUGGGAAUAAUGGGCCCAGUUGAUCUUAUGGUACUUGCACUACCCUGUCCUGACCAGGAAGACAAGGGAAAGAUUGAUAGUUUUGUGUGGGUUCUGGAACAUCUGGACAAGUAUCUCAUUGACAAAGAUAUGAAGACAGUGGAAGCCACAUCACAAGUGCUGAAGUCAAUGCUCAGGUCAUCAGCAGGAAUUAACUUUGUAAAUGAGAUGAAUAACUCAAACAAAAUGGAGUUAUUCCAGAGACUGCAACCAUUUCUGCCAAAGAAAAAGGACAGUGCAGUAAAUGCAGAAAUACAAAAAAUGAGCUAUGACAAGUUUGUGAGUGCUAUAAACCAAGAUGACCUCUGGUGGGACACAACAGUGUCUCAUGAAGACUGGAUUGUCAGAUUGACUUCUACCCUUUUGACCUGUAGUGCUAUUAACAAUGAGUUGUUUUGUUAUCUAGGGCCAGUUUGUCUUCUGAAAAUGGAAUUCUGUGAGUUUCUUCUACCCAUGCUCAUUCAUGAUAUUCUAAGUUUAAACAAUGCUGCUCAUCAAGAAAUCUUCUCCCAACAAGUUUCCAGAUUUUUCCUCCAGCAUUGUCGAUUGUCUUUAACACAACCACAAGGAAGUUACAGUAUAUGUCAGGACAAGGAGUCGAUCAGAACCAUGCUUGGAGUCAUACAGUAUCUAAGACAAGAAACCAGACCACAGCAAGGGAGAAAACCAUUAUCAAUAUGGGAUAACAACUUUUGGUUGGAUGUCAAUUAUCUCCAUAUAGCCAAGGCUGCCUUGUUUUGCUCAUCACAGUUUUCUACUGUUAUGUAUGCAGAGAUUUGGUGUAAUUGCCAGAGUAGAAAGCAACAAGAGGAGACAUUGAAGAAGUCCUCCACAUUGUAUGAGACCAUAAGCCAGAGCUUCACUCAAGAUUCUCAGGUAGAUUCCAUGAGUUCUGAUUCAGAGGGAGUGACUCUGAAUGUACAGGAUAUCCUACUAGAGGCAUAUAGACAGAUUGGGGAUCCAGAUGGGGUGUAUGGAUGUGGAGCAGGGCGUCUGGCAGAUCCAGUGUCCAGGAUAAGGAUGUAUGAACAUGAAGGUCAGUGGGCAAAGGCUGUCAUCACGUAUGACAUAGGUCUGCAGCAGCACUCCAAACAGGAAGUGGAUCUACUUAAGGCACUGGAUAGUUUUGGAUCACAGCACUUACUGGACAGUUACUUGGAAAAUUAUCACAAGUCAAAAUCCGAUGAAAUACGCAAUCUCAUCUUUAUGUCUGCAAUCAAAGUGGGAAAGUGGGACCUGAACAUUGAGGAAAGUGCUAUUAGUGAUGUGUACAGUUUCAAUGAAUCGAUGUACAGAGCCCUGUGUUCCUUAAAGGACUCCCAGUUCUCCCUGGUCUCCUCCUUUUUGGAUAUAGCAAGGAAAAAUACAAUAAAGAGAUUGCAAGAGGCAAGUGUGGAGAGUUGUCGAUGUCUAUACCCAGUACUCUCAGAUCUACAAUGUGUCUCACAGAUUGAUCAGGCAGUCAAGGCUCUUACAAGCCCAGAAGGCAUUGAAGACAUGUUGAAAGACUGGUCACAAGAAAUGUUUUCUUCCAAUGAGUUUGAAUAUGUAGAACCAAUCCACAACUUCAGAUGUUCAGUCCUCCAAGUGUUACCCAAUCAAUCAGACAGUAUGCAGAAAUGCAUGCUGAGAGAACUACUACAUCUGACAAGAAUUGCAGUACAGAGUAACAGAUACCUUAUUGCUGAGAGAGUUGUUAGUAGAUUGAAUUCGUAUGAAACUUCAGACUUUAAUCUUCAAGUUGACAAAGUUACUGAAGAAGCAAAACUCUUCUGGGUGAGAGGGGAACAAAACAUUGCAAAACACAUGAUUAAGAAGCUGUUGAAGAUGCUGGAGCAGAAACAGAACAGUAGCAUCGAAGUAGCCAAGCUGUACCCACGAGUCCUCAGUUUGUAUGGAAACUGGCUGGCAGAAACCCACGCAGCCAAUCCUAACAUCAUCAUGGAGGAGUAUCUUGAAAAGACUGUUGCUUUACUUGAGAAUUUGAAGGAGGAAGGGGACUUAAUCCUAGAUGCAUACCUCUCUCUGGCUAGGUUUGCUGAUUCUCAAUAUCAGCAUAUUGUAAACUACAUGAAGUCCAGUAUAUUUGAAGCUAAGCAGAUCUUGAUGAUAAAGGCCAAGAAAGAAAUGGCAAGGAUGCAGCAGCUAGGAGAGAAAGAAAUUAAAAAAGACCGUUAUUAUACAACCCUAAGCAAACAGAGUCAGAUAGAUCAAUCUGAAUUGGAUGCCUUGGAAGAGGACAGAACGAGGUUCCUUAAACAGGCUGUACAGAACUACAUCAAAUGUCUGAAGCACGGCGACAAACACGACAUUCGAAUCUUCCGCUUGGUAUCUUUGUGGUUCAGUAAUCCAUCAUCUGCAGAAAUUUGUGGAUUGAUUUGGAUAAAUAUUCAGAGUAUUAAGUCCUACAAAUUCCUGAGUCUGAUUUAUCAACUAUGUGCCAGGAUGGACACCAAUCCACCAGCUGAUCAAACUUCCUCAUUGCAGAAAACACUGUCCAAAAUCAUUCAUCGCACUGCUGUGGAUCAUCCCCACCAUGCCUUGUUCUGUAUUUUUGCUCUGGCUAAUGCUAAGAGAGACUCUGAGCUACUGAAAAAAAGUACUGCAAGCAAAAGUAGACUGUCUAAGAAUGGUGACAGCAUUGACAGUGGAAAUGAGGGAAGAAUAGAAGCAGCCAAGAAGUUGAUCAUUCAGAUGAAGUCUGACAGAGAUAUUGGUGACAUUGUGAAUAAAAUGGAGAAACUGUGUGAUGCAUACAUCCAGCUAGCCAACUACAAUGUUGCACAGUACAGGCAUGAGACUAAACCUAUAACUUUGGAUAAAAGGCUGUGGAUCAUGCAGCUGAAUGAGAUUGGCAAUGUGGCGGUCCCAACAGAUUAUAUACCGAUUGAUCCAUCAGGAGAUUACAAAUCAAUUGUCACGGUGAAUGGAUUUGAACCCACAUUUAAGCUGGCAGGCGGGAUUAACUUACCCAAAAUCAUCACCUGUGUGGGUUCAGAUGGAAAGGGUCGUCGUCAACUUGUCAAGGGUAGAGAUGAUUUGCGACAGGAUGCUAUCAUGCAACAGGUGUUUGAGAUGUUGAAUACACUGCUUCACAAAAACCCUGAAACCAGGAAAAGGAAUCUGACUGUAAGGCAGUACAAGGUAAUACCCCUGUCACAGUGUAGUGGGGUCCUGGAGUGGUGUGAAGGUACGCUGCCUUUGGGAAUGUACUUAAUCGGAGAUAAAGAUGAAUCUAAGGGAGCCCACAAAAGAUUCAGAUCCCAUGACACUGGAGCCAGAGCCAGCAGGGACAAGAUGGCAGAAACAGUGGGAGCUUCCAUGAAAGUUAAAUUAAAGAAUUUCCUUGAAAUUUGUUCCAAAUUUCAACCAGUGAUGAGAUACUUCUUCAUGGAGAAGUUUUCACAGCCUUCAGUGUGGUUUGAACGUCGACUUGCAUACACAAAGAGUGUGUCUACCACUUCUAUUGUUGGAUACAUCCUUGGGCUGGGGGACAGGCAUAUGCAGAACAUUUUGAUUGAUACAGACUCUGCUGAGCUUGUGCAUAUAGAUUUAGGAAGACAAUUAGACAGAAACGUAAUCCCACUCAUGCAUACAAAAGACAGAAAACACUGUAAAGCUGAGCUGUACGUUCGCCUGGUUGAACUGCAUAAGGAAGAGUCCCACAAAUGCUCGAGAUGAUCCUUUAGUUCUUUAGCAACUCUGAAUGAUGUAGGCAGGGAGUUGGUGUCAAAUCUGCCUCUGGCGCAAGCAUUCGGAAUCUCUUCAUCUGAUAACGAGAAAUAGAGUCUGCAAUAGUAUUUUUUACACCUUCAAUAUGUAUAGCAUGAAUAACAUAGUGGUUGCAUGCUGCAUGGAAAGUGAGAGUUCGCAUUAAUUUCAUGAUGCUUUUGACUUUCAAUCUUCAUUUCCUUAUAAUGUCAACUGUUGAUUGAUUAUCACAGUGAAAAAGAAUGCGUUUCCUAGGCCAGGCAUGACCCCAUAUAAGACAAGCCAUAACAAUGGGGUAAAGCUCGAAGAAUGCCAUAGAUGUAUGCUCUUUAGAAAGGUCAACCGGAAAUUCUCCUUGAAACCACUUGUUUUGAUAGAAACCUCCGAAAGCUGUAGGGGUAGCAUCUGUGAAUAAAUGCAUGUCUGCUGCUUCUGUAACAUAAUCAUCAAUGAAGAAGGACACUUCAUUCCAAGAAUGCAAGAAAUCUGACCACAUAGUAAGAUCUGCUCUACACAUACUGUCUAAUCACACAUGGUAAUACAAUUGCUCAACGGUGGUAGACAAUGCUAUGAGGUGCGAAAUGAAAGAUCGGCCCGGCAGGACAACUCUGCAUGCGAAGUUAAGAUGUCCUAACAGACUCAGCAAUUCUCUUUUGGUGCAAGAUUUGCGACGUUUGAAAGAAUUGACAAUAUCUAAAAUCCGUUCAAUUUUUUCUCGAGGUAAACGUGCUUCCAUCCGUAUUGAAUCCAGAUAAUUAUAUUCCAAGGUAUUCUAGUUCUGUACUUGGUCCUUCUGUUUUCUUCUCUGAAAGUGUUCUGAAGAAAGUAAGGAAUUUGUCCAUAAGUGUAUGGGCCUCACAAUUGGCGAUACCACCACCAAGAAGUCAUCCAAGAGAUGGAGAACGUUCGGUAUGUUGUACUUGUGUUCUGCGAUCCAACACACGGCUGAUGAAAGAGAGUCAAAAAAUUUCAUACUAGAUCUACUGCCAAAUACUAGACGUAUAUAGAAAUAAUAACUUCUGUUCCACUUGAUUCCAUGAUAGGGCCACAAUUUGUAUGCUAUGGGCAUAAUCUUGAAUGCAUCAGUGAUGUCUGUCUUAAUGAGCAAUGCUCCUUCUCCAAAUCUUUUAAUAAGUUGUAUAGCAUCAUCCAUAGUUACAUAACUGAGAGAAAAUUCUGACUUGUAGAUAAGAUUAUUUAGGCUGGGGUUGUCUUUAUCAUUGUGUGGUGCUGACAUAUCUACAAUGAGACGUUUCUUCUUUGAGUAUUUACUCUCUGCUAUACCAAUGGGAUUAAUGCGAUAGUGUUCGAAAGGAAUUUCAUCAAAUGGUCCAUAUAAAUAACCCAUGGAAAGUUCUUUUUUUACAAGUUCUGUAACACUGUCUGAAUUUAAUAAAGCUGAUCUCAAAUUUUUACAUUCAUGUACUGUCUUGGGAAGAUGUAGGAAACCAGUAUGAAAGCCAAAUUUAAGGCCAUUGAGUAGGUAAUCUGUAAACUGAUGAUCAGGGUGGUCCGACAGAAGAGAUUGUAUUAUGUCAGUGUUUACUGGUGUGGAAAUUUCUAUACUGUAGUUUUCUCUUACAUCUUUUGAUGGUUGUGAGCCCCAGCUAUGUGGGGCACACUCAAGUUUUUUGUGUAGGUACAAUUCUGUUUCGAAUGGUCCCCUUUACACUCACUGCAUAGGUGUGCAUUGCGACAUCUGGGUAAUUGGCAACCCCUUAAACCAUUGAAAUUAUUACAAAUUUCUUUUCCUUCAUGAAACUGCCUUUUCCUUCCAUAAGAGUCCAUGUCACUAUUUUGUUUUUCUCCAGCAGGCCCAUAUAAUGGACAAAACCCAGAUAGAUGCAAAGUACUGUAAUGUAUUUUACUUUAUUUUUGUAUGGGAUGCCCUAAUUCAAUUGAGUGCUGUUGUGGUCCUUCUGAUAUUGGUGCUGUGUAACUUCUCUGUGGGUCACUUUAGAUCAUAUUACAAUUUUGAUCCAUUUCGACCUCUCUUGCAGGAGUUUUGCCACUUUAUUUGAUGAGUACAUGGGUACAUAAUUUGUUCGUCUAACUCCUCCCACAGUUUUCAAGUGAGGACUUUCCUAUUUCAUGGUGUGUUUAUGAGUAUUUAAGAUGUGCAUAUGGCAAGGAUUUUAAUUUUUGAGAAAUUUAUAUGUUGUUGGACUUGGUGAGGUUUGAGGAAAUGUUACAUAUAAGACUUCUCUCACAGUCUUAGUGUAAAUAAUUUCUCUCACAGUCUUAGUGUAAAUAAUUUCAAGAUUUGGAUAUUGCAAUUAUUUUGAUUCCCAAUAAUUUUCUUAUUUUUCUUUAAGUUUGAAAAAAUUACAGGUUGUUGAACUUAGUCAAUUUUGGGGGAAAUAUUUUACACAUUACACACAGCUAGAGCUCUUGGUUUGUCUAUUUACCUCCUGUCACAGUUUUUAAGCUGGGAUAAGAAAGUAUGUCACAGCUUGAUGAUAUCUAAUACUACCUAAGAAAAA